CGUACGCCGUGACGCUCUCUCCCUGGAGUCGGAAAUAACAAUGGCGGCCUCCGGUUCUUCUAAGGCUCCGGUGUCUUUCGGUUUCAGUCGGGUGUCCAGGCCGAAGCUUGUCUUCCCCAGCCGUAAGGAGGAGGAUGGGGAGGAGAAGAAGGAGUUUCUGCUGGCGGCCGAGGGGAAGGAGCUGCUGAGCACUAAACCAGCUCCAGAGAACAAACCUCUAGUGAUCCCUCUAAUACAGAAGAACAGAUGGUCCCAGCAGAGUAAGAACAGAGACGAAAAUGGUGACACUCAGAAAGAGCUUGAUCCGAUGCUGUCACAGGCGGUACAGGAACUUAUUGCAGAAUCUCGGAAAAAGGAGCAGGAUGAUCCUGACACGGACCAAACGGUCAGCAUACCCCUACUUCUGCAGAACAAAGUGCCUGAUGGAUAUGAAGAUGGAGACAGAGUAAAUGUGACCCUGAGGCCUGAGUCUGCGGCAGCUGCAGACUAUGAAGAGGUGCCUGUGGAGCAUUAUGGGAUGGCAAUGCUGAGAGGGAUGGGCUGGAAGGAGGGAGAGGGCAUUGGAAAGACCUUCAAGCAGGAUGUGAAGCCAUUGGAGCAAAAGCUCCGUCCUAAGGGCCUCGGACUAGGAGCUGACCGGUCGGCUAUCAGUGACCUCGAGCCCCAGAAACCUCGCAGACCCUUAAAACCGGGAGACAAGCCAGAAGAAGAAUCAAAAGGCCUCGGUACAGGAAGCAACGUGUUGAUCCAGAGCGGAGCCCACAAAGAGCUGUACGGGAAGGUGGAGGGCCUGGAUGCAGACAACUGCCGAGCAAUGGUAAAGCUCGCUAUUGGGGGAAAAAUCGUGACCGUCUCUCAGUUUGCAUUACGAUUGGUCAGCAGUGCGGAGUACAACAAAUACGCUAAAGAUCUCAGUCGGUUAAGUAAAGCAGAGCAGCAAAAGGAGGCAGGUGAGGCUAAAGAGGAAAAGCGUAGGGAACGUUCGCCGGACAGAGAGCAAAGAAGAAAUGACGAGGAGAGCCGUGAGCAGAAGAGGAACGGACACUCCAGCAGCCGAGACAAGAGACAUCGACAGAGGAGCCCGGAGAAGGAGAAGGAAAAGAAGAAGCAAAAGCAGGAAGAACCGAGUUGGUUACACCGCGACUUAAAAGUUCGAUUUAUUGACAAGCGUUACAAAGGAGGAAAAUACUACAACUCCAAGAUGUUGGUAGAAGACGUUCUGAGCCCCACGACCUGCGUGUGUCGGACAGAAAACGGACGUAUCCUGGAAGAUAUAAAGCAGGACAUGCUGGAAACACUCAUUCCUAAGGAAGAGGGAGACCAUGUGAUGGUGGUGCUGGGAAAACAUCGGGGGCAAGUAGGGAGGAUCCUACAUAGAGAGAAGCAGAAGAGCCGAGCAUUGGUGCAGCUAGAAGGGGAGAAUGAUGAUGCCGUCAACUUUAGUUAUGAUGUAAUUUGUCACUAUGCCGGGAUGCGCGACGACUGACCGCCGCGAUCAUAUAGAAGUUUUGCACAUUUUAUCCAGGCUAUUGUAUUUUUUUUUAUUUUUUUUUUAUUUAACUCCUGUAAAUAAACAUUUUUUUU